GUUAACUACUGUAUUUAACUAACAAGUGGGGGUGGGUUGUCAGAUAGUGCGACUGGAGCAAAAAGGAGAUUUAAACAUUUUGCAAAUCAAAACAAACUCCUAGGGGUCUGCCUAAUUUUGGGGAGGGACAAAAUGCGAGGGAACAGGAGGACCGAACAGAAAAUAGUCCAACACAUGGAGAAGGCAUUUGGAAUAGUUGAAUGAAUUACAUAUGGGCAAGUUUGAAAGUUGACAGACGAAUUGAGCAAUGCGUGUUUUGCAAGUUAUUCUUUUAAAUAUUGAUUUUGUUGGUUUCAGGGUAACUUAUCUCAUGAUGUAACGUGGCUAGCCAGCUAGCUGAAGACUUUGAACAGAGGAAACACGAUACAGUGUGAAAGUUAGCUAGCGCUUUAGUGAACUGCCAGCUUUGCUAGACUAGCAAUAACUUUUCUCUUUCAGUUUAUCUUUACUCUGUUGAACUUGUCUUGAAUUUCACGGACAAGCUUGUUGCUAACGGUUUGAUACCAGUCACGUUUUACUUUUGUGGUUGUUUGACAUGGUUUUCAGUAACAGCUAGCUUGUUAAAGUUAGUCAGCCAUCAAUCAUUUGUAUUUUUCAACGUUGGACGGACUGAAUGUUCACCUUUGGGAUACUUAACGUUACUGUCAGUAAACAGCAGCAAGACAACAUCAACGUUGUAUUUUAAAAACGAGACAAGAUGCAAAAGUUCAACUCGACACACACCAGUACUCUUCCUCGGGACGCUGAGCUUCAGCAGCGGUUAGCCGACAACGGGGGAGCGGGGGAGGCGAUGAAGGAAAACGGCGCUGGGAAGAAUCACAUCCUCGCAGAACCUGCAGACAGUUCUCUCUGUACCAAGAGAAAGAUGCUGGUCGGCUUGGAUGUUUUCUGUCUGUGUGUAGCCUCCAUCCCGUUCUUUGCAUGUGAGCUGAAGGCUGUGACUCCAUACCGGAGGGGUUUCUUCUGUGGGGACCAGAGCAUCACCUACCCCUACCUGGAGAGAGAGGCCAUCCCUGACACGCUGCUCAUCGCUGGGGGCAUCAUCAUCACUGGCCUCACGAUUGCGCUGGGCGAGUGUCACCGGGUUCGAUUCCGUGAGGUGCACUCGCGGGCGUUCGUGCGCAACCUCUACGUGUCCUGCCUCUACAAGGAGCUGGGCAGCUUCCUGUUCGGCUGCUGUGUGGGCCAAUCACUGACCAACAUGGCCAAGCUGAGCGUGGGGCGCCUGCGACCUAACUUCCUGUCGGUGUGCAACGUGACAUACGCCUCGCUCAACUGCGUCCCCGGCUCCUACAUGGCCCAGGUCACCUGCAGGCAGCCCAAAGACAAGAUGGUGGAGGAGGCCAGGAAGUCCUUUUUCUCUGGCCAUUCCUCUUUUGCCAUGUACACCAUGCUCUACCUGGCGUUCUACCUGCAGGCGAGGUUGUCAUGGCGAGGGGCUCGUCUGCUGCGCCCGCUGCUGCAGUUCCUGCUGGUGAUGAUAGCCGUGUACACCGGGCUGAGCCGUAUCUCCGACUACCGCCACCAUCCCACCGACGUGAUCACCGGCUUCAUCCAGGGAGGCCUCACCGCCUACUGGGUGGCCUUCUAUAUUUCCUCCAUGUUUAAGAACAACCGUCCAGACCUGUCUCCCACCAGCAUGUCCCUGGAGAGUCCCCUGUCCAGCCAACAGACCGUCUGCUAACACCACCUAACCCAACACACCCCUCCUCACCUUCCUGGACCCGGACGGAUGGGAGAAAAGACAGAAAGAGAGAGGGAGAGAGGGAGAGAGGGAGCGAGAGACAGUCAGAUAGCAGAGGUGAGCAGCACAUGGAGGGAGAGAAAGAAAUGGGGAGAGGUGUGUGAAAAGGGAGGGGGAUGAGAGAAGAGGUAGAUGGAGGCAGAGAGCGUUCUAGCAAGCACACACAUGCUCUGAUGAAUACGUCAAGACACAUGCACGCACACACAGUGCCACCUCACUCACUAACACACACUACCAUCUAACACACACACCCACCAAAUCACAGCACAUUUGACUGUAGAGUACAACCCGUCCAUAUGGAGAUAUGCAUAGUAAUUUUACAGAUAU